CGCCGCCUGACAGCGGUGUGGGGCAGCCGCGCGAGCUACCCAUAUGGAUCAGGUUGAGGGGCGGUUCGGGAACUCGGGCAGUUUCCCGGGGAUGAGUCAGAGGACAGCGGGGUCGGCCUGACGGGGCGCAGGCCGGCCAUGCGGCGUCAGCCCGAACCUCCUCGGUCGCGUACUUACCGGUGCGGAGGUGCCAGCAGGAGCAGUCGCCGCCGCUCCCCGCCGCCCCGGACUCUCCGCCUGGGCGGCCCGGCCGCCUGCAACCUUCGCGGCGCCCCGUGACCCUCGCGGGGCGCCCACAGUAGCAGCGUCCCUAGCGCCUUCGCUUUCCCCAUGGAGCACAGAGAAGCCCCGGACAGCAGCGGCGGGAGCAGCCCGGAGCUGGGCCGGGGGAGGCAGCUGAGCGUGGGGGAGCUGCGCUCGCUCUUCGAGGCUCGCUGCGCAAUGGCUAGCGGGCAGCUGCCUGAGCCGGCCCGGAAGACCUGUCAGCCCCGCAACGGGGUGCUGCAAUCAGUUAUCCCGCAGCUGACAGUAACUUCCGAGGAGGAUGGCGGAGAGGCGCAGCGCAGCCCCGCCGGGCUGCCCCCGACGGCGCCGGACGGUGCCUGGCUGACGACGGACAGUUCGCUGCACCUGUUGCAUUCCUCCAGGCGCCUCUCGACGUCGUCGCUGUCCUCCACGGGCUCGUCGUCGCUCUUUGAGGACUCCGAGGACGACCUGCUGAGCGACACGGAAGGCAGGAGCCAGGGGAUCGUUCACUUGGAGCACGGCGAGGAGACGCACCAGAGGAGCCAUUGGGAAAAUAUCCACCAAUCAGUUGCCUUACAUAAGGAUGGAGAGGAGAAAAAGGCAUGGCAGACAAUAAAAACAAUUGUCAGUUUGCCAGUCAUCGGUCCCUUCAAAAAGCGGUAUUCUUGGGUGCAGCUGGCUGGUCACACCGGAAGUUUCAAGGCAGCUGAUGGUGGGACGAUUCUGAAACGCCACUGUGAGAAUGAGGAGAAGUGCUUUGAACUGCUGAUGAAAGAUCCACUGCGUUCCUGUGUCCCUGUCUUCCAUGGUGUGGUGGAGAGAGAUGGCGAGUCCUAUUUACAGUUGGAUGAUCUUCUAGCUAAUUUUGAAGGGCCUUGCGUGAUGGAUUGCAAAAUGGGAAUCAGGACAUACUUGGAGGAGGAAUUGACUAAAGCACGAGAAAAACCGAAGCUCCGUAAAGAUAUGUAUAAGAAAAUGAUAGAUGUGGACCCUUUGGCACCCACUGCUGAAGAGAACACCCAGCAUGCAGUGACCAAACCUCGGUACAUGCAGUGGAGGGAGACCAUCAGUUCCAGUGCUAACCUGGGUUUCAGGAUUGAAGGGAUAAAGAAGGCUGAUGGGACUUGUAAUACCAACUUCAAGACAACAAAGACACGAGAACAAGUUUUCCAGGUUUUUGUGGAAUUCAUUAAAGGAAGUACAGCUAUAUUGAAAAAAUAUUUAAAGCGUCUGUAUGAAAUUCGUGGCAUCCUUGAGUCUUCUGACUUCUUUAAGCAACAUGAGGUAAUUGGAAGUUCACUAUUAUUUGUGCAUGAUGAAGGUGAACAUGCCAAUGUAUGGCUCAUUGAUUUUGGAAAGACUACCUUUCUUCCAGAUGGGCAAAUUUUGGAUCACAGGAUUGCUUGGCAAGAAGGGAACCGGGAAGAUGGCUAUUUAUUUGGACUGGACAAUUUAAUUGAUAUCUUAGAAAGUAUAUUAGAGAGAUGAGAAAUACUGACUUGAAGUUGCUAACUUUUCUAUAAUUGCUCCCUCAGAAGCCUUUUAAAAUUCUUCCAAGACUCUGGGAAGUCCAGAACAUGGAAGACUCCAGCAAAAAAAUAUGGAAAUUCCUAACCAGCCAAUGAAACCUAAGCAGUUCAGAGGCUCAUCUUGAAUGCACCAAGCAAAAAUAAGAUUUAUGGAAAAAAUAGGAUGAUUGUGAACAUUUGGAUGAUGAUCAGGACAAUUGCUUACAUGUGAACCAACUCAUUCAGUAUUGCUGUUUACUGACCUUGGGCUUAGAGUAAAAAGAUAUCAGAGCUCUCCUUCAAAGAAGACAUCUUCAAACCCAACAAGCAGGCUUCCUUCCUUUCUCUGUGUUUACACUAUAAAUAUUCCCUGUGUUCACAUAUGUGCAGCGCAGCUUGGAACUUGGUGCAGAAUAUAUAGAUUCAUAGUUUUCCUUUUUUAAAAUAAAUACUCUAGAUUCUAUUCUUGUACAGAAAAAAAAAUGAAAAUAUGCACAGAAUGCUGCUGAAGCUUCAGAAACCAAAUGGCAUCUAGUAGACAAUGCAAGGGUUCAUUCUUGAUCCUAUCCAUACUCCGUCUAACUUCCUUUGCCAGGCCAUGUUUUCUUUGUAUUGGUUUUUUCAUUCCAGUACCUUCAAAAAUGUUAUGCACUUUGUCAAUAUCACUACCCCCUCUAAAUAUUGCAUACCAAAUGAACCUGUUGCCUUGCUCACAAGUAUGUAUAGAUAGAUUUUUAAAUGGUCACAUAUAAAGAGCUCUGGGUAUGAUUGAAAUCAAAUGAAUUUGUGCAAAGGGCAUGAAUUGCCAUGUUUAUUUGUUUCAGAAUUUGGCUCGAGUGAGUGUCCAUCUCCAUCUGACUCUCCCUGUUAGAGAUACCUCACAGUCGGAAAGGCUAAAAAGUAAAGAUUUUGGUUCCCAUCUAAUUUUGCAUUAAUGUCUCUAUGACUGUUAAUAUUUUCUAAAGAUAGCCUGACACUGAUCUUAAGACUUCUAAAUUUAAGAUUCUUGUAAUCCAAGAGAUUGUAGAGUCCAGGAAGAAAACACCGAUACAUUUUGAGGUAGCUUCAGGAUAAAUUCAGUGGCUUUGAUGAUAAUUCAGAAGUGACACCUAAUCAAUCACUAUGCAUUUGAAUGUUUGUGGGAUCAUACUUUAAUGACUCAGUUUAUAAAAUGAAACAACUAUUAAUUUAUCUAGUUGACACAGACUUGUUUCACAUCCAGGGAUCAAAUCUUCAGCCUUCUUACCCAGUGAUAAAACAGUUUAAUCACAUGUGGCCUCCACACUUUGUACUUCUGCUUGCGUCUACUAGCAGGUUUUUGCAAGGUAUAAGGGAAAAAAAUACCUUGAUCUAAAGAGUUGCCUGUGGGGGAGGCUUGUAAGUCUUUGAUGCCUAGGCCUUGUAUUAAAGAUCCACUCAGUAGAUCAGUUGAAUGUGGUAUCUUUAACUGAUUGUUUAGGUAAAGGCUUAGGAAGUGAAGGUAACAAAAAAGAAACCUUGUAAUAGUAAUUCCUGAUUCUUGUGAUUUGAGAUAGGCUUGAAGUCACACUGAUCAAAAAUUAAGAUGGGCUGAUUUUGUAGAUUAUAUUCUUCUGUGUUUAACAGCCCAGCCAUAUAAAUUCAGUUAUUAUCUGACACUAACAUUUGCCCUAUACUAUUAUGAUCCAAGGCUGUGUGUGUGUGCUUGCCUGGAGUUUUCCUAGGCCAUAUAGCAAAACUGAAUAUAUCCUCUCUUCAAUAAGGGAAGACAAGAGUAGUCAUUAUGUGCCAGUUGAGUGACCUUCAUGGCUCUGUGGCUCCUUUUCUGUGGCCUAUAGUAUGUUCCUACUCUGCAAUUCCAUAGCAUGUUAGUGUCAUCGUACAUUAAACUUGAUGGCCAGAGCUGCCAAAAUACCUUUCAGCUUUUCAAAUAUUUACACCGAGGCUAAUUUUUGUUUGCAUAGUAUUUACUUACCUUCUGUCCAUGGAACAGUAGUGGAGAACCUUUCUCAUCCUUAAGGUGGCACUUUGACUUCACUGAAAUAGGCAAGACUGAAAAUAGAGCCCGCUUUUCAGAUUUUGGAGUGAAAUGGUAUCUACUUUGCCCCUUAAAGUCCCAAGAGCAGGAACAAGUCUUUUUUUCCUGAUUUUUUGGUUGGUGCAGGACAAGAUAUUAAGGGGUAAAAUCAAAUUAAAAACAGGCUAAGAAUUCAGCCUCACACACUUUGGGGGGUUCUGGGGACUACAAAUCAAGUGCUAGAGCACAGUGUUUUCACUCCUUCUGUAGACGACCUGAUGAGCAUUAAUAACAAAACUGACCUGCCAAUUGCUUGUUGUCAGUUUCAGCAGAUGUCAGAAAUCAGUUUCAGCAGCCCUUUACUUCUUUCAACUCCACUGUCUCUUUUGUUCUGAUUGCAGAGUGGGUGGGGUGAUGUGAACAUUUUGCUAUUUCAUGGUGUAAAAACCUAGAAGGCUCUGAUGUGCACUAAAAGGCUUUGAGAAAUUCUCACUUAAGUUGUAGAUAAAUUCUUGAUCAGUAAGUUGAAGUCAUCUAGGCAACACCACUACCAUUUUGUUGAAGGAUUUUCAAAAUUUCAUAGCAACCCCUGAGUGUAAUGUGGGAACAUUCUAAAAUAACUAAUUUUGGAUUAAACUUGUAAUUGGCCAGAAUUUUUAAAAAUGGCUAUUAAAUAUUAUAUAUAUUUUAAGUAUAUAUUUUUUAAAAAAUAGAUCUAGCAAAGUUGAUACUGGAUUAGCUGGAUGUAGAAUUUUGUCUAAUAAUUAGACACAGGGUUGGAAAUUAUGAUUUGGAACAGAACUCUUUAAAACAUAUUUCAUCCUGAAAGUUCUUUGGCUUUUUAAAUGAAAACUACUCAUUUAUACAUUGCUGCUGCUUAUACGUAUGUUGAGAAAGAGGCUAGAGUACCAGAAAGUUUUAUAAUGAACUUUGCCACUGACCAUCCAUUCCACUUUAAAAGCAUUCCAAGCACAUCCUUUCCCCAAAACAUCUUCCCCAGUUUCUUCUAUCAUGAGCUGAUGCUCAACUCUUGUCCUGGGAAUGAGAGACUUAGAGCAGUUUAGGAGUAUGAAUAGAUACUCUCCAUCUCUUCCUAAGAUAUUAUACAGGCAAAUUUUGCAUCUGGUGAUCUUUUACCCAUGCUGGCUGGGGAAUUCUGGGAGUUGAAGUCCACUCAUCUUAAAGUUGCCAAGGUUGAGAAACACAGCCCUUACUUGCUGUUGUCUAUUCAAUGGCUCACUGAGUUUCACUGUUGCCUUCUGCUACUUUUUUCAUCAUCAUGCUAGUCUGCCUCUCCAUCUUAGAUCUGAUAUCCAAUCUGUAGUUUACGACAAGCUAUUACUGGUUAGGCUACAGACAUAAGAUAACACACAAAGGGCAGUUUUUGUCUUGCCUAAUUUCUCUUUUGUAUCUUAAUCUUUCCAAGUUCUCUUGGUAGGAUUGGCCUCCCAUAUUUGAACAUAAUUGUUCUCUGGUGCCUUUUACCUUUUUUGUUGACACCAAUGUUUGAUUCAGAUAUGCUCUUUGGGACUAUCGAGUAGGAACAGAUGAUUCCUAGUUUUGGUUUCCCAUCCCCCUUUAAAAGAAACGGCUGCCAUAAGUUUCAGUGAGGAAAAAGGCACACUCAAAAUUACUUCAAAUUCAGUGCCCCAAACUUUGUUCUCUCCCCACAUCCUCCAGGAAAUAUUUCUUUUCCCAAUUCUUUAAAAUGUAACUGAGACAUGCUUACCUCACAGAGGAGUUGUGAGGCUCCAUAGGUUGCUUUAAUGCAUUUAUUUAGGGUUGAAAAGUGCAAUAUAGAGAAUUGCAAAUAACUUUGUAACUAAAGAGGGUUUUACAAUCCCCUGGAGAAAGUAGAAUUCU